CUUCAGCAAAACAGAGAAAUCGCUCACGUUGUUGCGCAUAUUAGAAUAACUACAUAUGCAUGUGCUGCUCUGUUAAGCAGGCUAUAUGCUUGCAGGUCCCGUCUUCUUUUUCCCUACAAUAGGACACUAUGCAGCUCAAUUUCUCAGAGCUGCAGCCUGCAGCUGAGGUGUAGCAGCAUACGCAUUGGAAGAUGAUGAACAUCAGCAGCAGCAACAGGGGAAGUGGGGCACAGGCCUCCCGUCCAGAUGUUUGGCCCAGCGGCUCAGCCCCUCUGAACAUGAACCACUACGCCAAUAAGAAAAGCGCAGCUGAGAGCAUGCUGGAUGUGGCUCUGCUGAUGGCCAACGCUUCCCAGCUGAAGGCUGUGCUGGGGCAGGGGCCAAGCUUCUCCUUUUACACCCCCAUCAUCACCCUGAUCAGCAUAUCCCUCUGUCUGCAGGUCACAGUCGGGGUCCUGCUUAUCUUUAUAGUCCGAUUGAACCUGAAUGAUGAGCAAAAGCAUUGGAGGCUGAACCUUAUGGAAAAUGUGGCCACGGGUUUGGUUUUUAUGAUAGUGGUCGUCAACGUCUUCAUCACAGCCUUUGGAGUCCACACGCCGAACCGUGGCGACUGACCAAGAACACGCACAGACAGAGGUGGAAAAGUGGCGCUCAGUGACGCAGAUCUCCUGAGAUCAGACACCUGAGCUGUUGUCCAGAGCUGCACUGUACAUACCAUCUUUGAUGUGGCCAUUUUCCUACUGAUUCAUCACAAUAACAAGUACUUGAAAGGGCUUCAGUUGAGUAUGAAAUGCACCCACCCCCUCACGCAAGUCUUCCUUGAGCAGUCGACAGCGUUUAGUGUAGCAUUUAAUUAAGUUGACUUUAUACAUUCAAUCAAUUUGAUCGUCAUUAUUAAUUAAUGCGGGCUGUCUGUUGCCCUCGAUUUGACAUUGUUUCAGCACGCUAGAACAUUUUCCAUCAUCCUUGAGUCCCACUGUGACGCACUAAAUGAGGGAGCAGUGCCCUCUAGUGUGUUCACUGAUGCUGUUCAAUCAACGAGAUAAAUGUUUUAUCAUCAUCUCCAUGUCGUGCUCACAGCAGACAAAACAGAGCCAGACACAAACCAGGAAAAACACGUGGCUGCUCAUUACUGAACACUUUCCUUUUGCCUACAAAAUCAAACAGUGUUUGAUGCUAAAUCAUUUUAUCAGUGCUGUCACACUAGAUUAAAAUUAAGCUCCAGGUGACGUCAAAAUGUUUUGAGCUUUAUUUGUGCAAAAGCUGAACACUGUUCACUCAGAGUCAAACUCAAGCAAGCUGGUCCCUGCACAGGUGUUUUCACUGAAGUCGCCUAAUUAGACGUCUUCUCAGGACAGUGUGGGUGUGUUUUGAUUGACAUCUUUGUCAUCUUUCUGUUGGUUUUGUUGUACCUGUUGGGGCGGGACAACUUAACCCUUUAUCAUUCUUAUUGGUGCACAGAGUUUGGUGUCAUUUCCAGCACAGCUCCGCCCAGCUUCAACCUGAGCAGAAGUCUAAUCGGCCAGUGAUUGAAAACACCUGUGCGGUUUCCCAGUCACGCUCAGCUCAUAUUACACCUCACAUCAGGUGAAAAUGUGAUUGGAAGGAUUAGUUCUGCACAGAAAAUACAGAGUCAUACAAGCAGUUUGGUCGAACAUUACAUUUGUGUUCCAUAUAAAGAGACGACGGCAGCGGAAAUAAACCUUCAGACAUUAUUGUGUUUUCAUCCUCUAUGAUUUCUAAUGUAUGUAAUGACUGCAUUGCAGUUUUAUAUGUGUUUUAACCAUC